AUGCCUGUGCAGGCAGCUCAAUGGACAGAAUUUCUGUCCUGUCCAAUCUGCUAUAAUGAAUUUGAUGAGAAUGUGCACAAACCCAUCAGUUUAGGUUGUUCACACACUGUUUGCAAGACCUGCUUGAACAAACUUCACCGAAAAGCUUGCCCCUUUGACCAGACUGCCAUCAACACCGACAUUGAUGUGCUUCCUGUCAACUUUGCACUUCUCCAGUUAGUUGGAGCCCAGGUACCAGACCAUCAGUCAAUAAAGUUAAGUAAUCUAGGUGAGAACAAACAUUAUGAAGUUGCAAAGAAAUGUGUUGAAGAUUUGGCACUCUACUUAAAACCACUAAGUGGAGGUAAAGGUGUAGCUAGUUUGAACCAGAGUGCACUGAGCCGUCCAAUGCAAAGGAAACUGGUGACACUUGUAAAUUGUCAACUGGUAGAGGAAGAAGGUCGUGUAAGAGCCAUGCGAGCAGCCCGUUCACUCGGAGAACGAACUGUAACGGAACUAAUAUUACAGCACCAGAACCCUCAGCAGUUGUCUGCCAACUUAUGGGCUGCUGUCAGGGCUCGAGGAUGCCAGUUCCUAGGGCCAGCUAUGCAAGAAGAGGCCUUAAAGCUGGUGUUGCUGGCACUAGAAGAUGGUUCUGCUCUCUCAAGGAAAGUUCUGGUACUUUUUGUUGUGCAAAGAUUAGAACCAAGAUUUCCUCAGGCAUCAAAAACAAGUAUUGGUCAUGUUGUGCAACUACUGUAUCGAGCUUCUUGUUUUAAGGUUACUAAAAGGGAUGAAGACUCUUCUCUGAUGCAAUUAAAAGAAGAAUUUCGGAGCUAUGAGGCAUUACGCAGAGAACAUGAUGCCCAAAUUGUUCAUAUUGCUAUGGAAGCAGGACUCCGUAUUUCACCCGAGCAGUGGUCCUCACUUCUAUAUGGUGACUUAGCGCAUAAAUCACACAUGCAGUCUAUUAUUGAUAAGCUGCAAUCUCCAGAAUCAUUUGCAAAGAGUGUCCAGGAAUUGACAAUUGUUUUGCAACGAACAGGUGACCCAGCUAACUUAAAUAGACUGAGGCCUCAUUUAGAGCUUCUUGCAAACAUAGACCCCAAUCCAGAUGCUGUUUCACCAACUUGGGAGCAGCUAGAAAAUGCAAUGGUAGCUGUUAAAACAGUAGUUCAUGGCCUUGUGGACUUCAUACAGAAUUAUAGUAGAAAAGGCCAUGAGACACCUCAGCCUCAGCCAAACAGCAAAUAUAAGACUAGCAUGUGCCGAGAUCUAAGACAGCAAGGAGGGUGUCCGCGAGGAACAAACUGUACUUUUGCCCAUUCUCAGGAAGAGCUUGAAAAGUAUCGAUUAAGGAACAAAAAGAUCAAUGCAACUGUAAGAACAUUUCCUCUUCUAAAUAAAGUUGGUGUAAACAACACUGUCACAACCACAGCCGGAAAUGUCAUUUCUGUCAUAGGAAGUACUGAAGCCACGGGGAAAAUUGUUCCAAGUACAAAUGGAAUUUCCAAUGCAGAAAACAGUGUUUCCCAGCUAAUCCCACGUAAUGCUGACAGUACAUUAAGAGCUCUGGAGACUGUGAAGAAAGUGGGAAAGGUUGGCACUAAUGGUCAGAAUGCUGCUGGGCCUUCUUCAGAGUCAGUAACUGAAAAUAAAAUUGGUUCUCCACCCAAGACUCCUGUAAGCAGUGUAGCAGCUACCUCAGCUGGACCCUCUAAUGUUGGAACAGAACUGAAUUCUGUGCCUCCAAAAUCCAGCCCAUUUAUAACUAGAGUACCAGUAUAUCCUCAGCAUUCUGAAAGCAUUCAGUAUUUUCAAGAUCCAAGAACUCAGAUACCCUUUGAAGUCCCACAGUACCCACAGACAGGAUACUACCCACCACCUCCAACGGUACCAGCUGGUGUGGCUCCCUGUGUUCCUCGCUUUGUGAGGUCCAAUAAUGUUCCAGAGUCCUCCCUCCCACCUGCUUCUAUGCCAUAUGCCGAUCAUUACAGUACAUUUUCCCCUCGAGAUCGAAUGAAUUCUCCUUACCAGCCUCCUCCUCCGCAGCCAUAUGGACCAGUUCCUACAGUACCUUCUGGAAUGUAUGCUCCUGUGUACGACAGUAGGCGCAUCUGGCGUCCACCUAUGUACCAACGAGAUGACAUUAUUAGAAGCAAUUCUUUACCUCCUAUGGAUGUGAUGCACUCGUCUGUCUAUCAGACGUCUUUGCGAGAAAGAUUUAACUCCUUAGAUGGGUAUUACUCAGUGGCUUGUCAGCAACCAAGUGAACCAAGGACAACUGUGCCUUUACCAAGAGAUCCUUGUGGUCAUUUGAAGACCAGUUGCGAAGAGCAGAUAAGAAGAAAGCCAGAACAGUGGGCACAGUACCACACUCAGAAAGCACCUCUUGUCUCUCCAGCUCUUCCUGUGGCAACGCAGUCUCCAACACCACCGUCUCCUCUGUUAGGUGUAGACUUCCGCACUGAGCUUUCUGACAAUGUGAGUGGGACAAAAUUUGAAGAAGACCAUCUUUCCCAUUAUUCUCCCUGGUCAUGUGGCACAAUAGGCUCCUGUAUAAAUGUCAUUGAUUCCGAGCCCAGAGAUGUGAUUGCUAAUUCAAAUGCUGUGUUAAUGGAUCUAGACAGUGGCGAUGUUAAGAGAAGAGUACAUUUAUUUGAAACUCAGAGAAGGACAAAAGAAGAAGACCCAAUAAUUCCUUUUAGUGACGGACCUAUCAUCUCAAAAUGGGGUGCAAUUUCCAGAUCUUCCCGUACAGGAUACCAUACCACGGAUCCUGUUCAGGCCACUGCUUCCCAAGGAAGUGCGACUAAGCCCAUCAGCAUAUCAGAUUAUGUCCCUUAUGUCAAUGCUGUUGAUUCAAGGUGGAAUUCUUAUGGUAGUGAGUCCACAUCAUCAGCACACUAUAUUGAACGGGACAGAUUCAUUGUUACUGAUUUAUCUUGUCAUAGAAAGCAUUCCAGUACUGGAGACCUUUUAAGCAUCGAACUUCAGCAGGCCAAGAGUAACUCAUUGCUUCUUCAGAGGGAGGCCAAUGCUCUGGCCAUGCAACAGAAGUGGAACUCCCUGGAUGAAGGCCGUCACCUUACCUUAAAUCUACUAAGCAAGGAAAUUGAGUUGAGAAAUGGAGAGAGUGAUUAUACAGAAGAUGCAACAGAUACUAAGCCUGACAGGGAUAUUGAAUUAGAGCUUUCGGCACUUGAUACUGAUGAACCUGAUGGACAGAGUGAACAAAUUGAAGAGAUCCUGGAUAUACAGCUUGGUAUCAGUUCGCAAAAUGAUCAGUUGCUGAAUGGAACUGCAGUGGAAAAUGGGCAUCCAGUCCAACCGCACCCAAAGGAGCCACUGGAGCAGAAGAGACAGAGUUUAGGUGAAGACCAUGUGAUUCUGGAGGAGCAAAAAACAAUUCUGCCAGUAACGACUUGCUUUAGCCAGCCACUUCCAGUGUCCAUUAGCAAUGCAAGUUGCCUCCCCAUCACCACAUCUGUCAGCGUGGGCAACCUCAUUCUGAAAACUCACGUUAUGUCUGAAGAUAAAAAUGACUUUUUAAAACCUGUUGUUGCAAAUGGGAAGAUGGUUAACAGCUGA